ACACCUUGACACGUUUCAAACCCAGCUUCCGCCGUUCACGAUUCAUCACACGUCUCUCAGUGGGCAUGGCGCCUGAGAAGGAACACUCCGUUGUGGGGGAGCAAGCAACACGCAACGAAGUGACUCUCACCGAGAAAAGCGAUAUCGUCCUCGAGUUACAACAGCCGGUGGGAACGUGUAUGCGGGUAUCAUCAGCGGUGCUAUGUCUGGCCUCUUCAGUCUUCACUGCUCUGAUGGGUCCACGCUUCGCAGAAGGCCAGGUCACCGGCAGCUUUCUCCAUCCCAGAACAAUCGCCCUGUCUGACGACGACGCUGUCGGCAUCACGUAUCCUUGUGCGUUGCUACAUUUCGGAGAUAUUGAGCGCGGUUUGAAGGUCACCAAAUUCAAGGACUGCUACGAUGCCGUUCGCUUGCUCGUCCGCCUCGCUGUUGUUGGCAACAAAUAACAAUGGCA